AUGUUUGAUCGUGGACCCAAUGUGGGUGUUGAAAUCAUCACAAAGCAUGGAUUUGUUCUGUCCAAUAAUGUCAAAGUAGAACAACCUCUCAUCUUGCUAAAUGGUUCUCCAUUCCUAUGGAAUCCACCUCCACGAGCACCUGGUCACAUGCCAAUGAAAGGCUGGGAUCUAGACGCUUUCAAGCUGUUUGAUAUAGUUGCACCACGGCCUGAACUGAUCAUAUUUGGCACCGGAAAGGAAUUGGCGCCUCUUCCUGAAGAAAUAAGAAAAUAUUUUUUUUCAAGAGGAAUUCAAGUGGAUCAAAUGAAUUCAAAACAUGCAGCAGCCACAUACAAUGUGCUUGCAGAAGAAGGAAGAAGAGUCGCAUUGGCGAUAUUACCAUUUGAAUAA